AUGGACAUCACCAAAUUCGUCGCCGAGUACCGGGAGGCUGCUUUCCUGGUAGGCGACUAUGGCACCUAUCGUGCCCAGCUGUCACGGCGCCUGCGAAUUGUGCGCAAGAAGCUUGGUCGCGCGACCGCCAAAAAUGCGAAAUAUACGGCGAAAGCUCCAGUGACGGCGGAGGAAGUAGGCAAGAACGUAGAGUUCCUGCACCUGUUGCUCCUCACCUCCGAACGGGCAUGGGCUCAUGCCAUGUCCAUGAAGAAUUCCCACUCCGAAGACAACGCAGACCAGAAUAUCAGUGGUUCUACCCGACAGCACAUAAUCUCGCGAUUGGAUAAGGCCGUGCGAUACGCAAAUGACACGACAAAGCUGCUGUCUGAUACGGCGGGGAGCGGAGCAUCAGACAUAGAUGUGCUGGAGGCGCGGGCAUACGCAUAUGCUCUAGCAGGAGCGCAAGAAUUUGAGAAGCAGGCCGAGGGGACCAGAUCCAAAGACUCAUCAACAAAGCGCUGGAUACCGUGUCUCAACAACUACUCCGCUGCCCGUGUCAUAUACAGCUCGCUUUUCAAGGCAACGAAGAAGGACCUGUUCAAGGAGGUGCUUGCUGGAACAACAGACCCCAGCAUACGCUAUGCUGCGUACCAGCACCGGUUACCCCGCACUGUUGGCGUGCCCUCGGUCGCGAAGAAGUUCUUUCCGAAGGAUGAUGCAGACCUAGUCCAGGCAGUAGAAAAGCUCGACCCUGCAGCUUUGCAGGAUGAGGAAACCACAGCCUCCAGUUCCACGAUCACAUGGCGGGGGCGGACUGCAAAUAUAGUUGAUGCCGCGAUUGGCCAAGCCCUUGUAUCGCUCGAAUCUGCGACUUCGAAGCUGGCUGAGGUCCUUCCCGCAUCGACUUCUACCAAGGAUCGAGCCAACGCCUACGAUGAUGUCGCAAUAUACACACAGGACGCUGCUGACGCAACACGAAGAGCGAUCGAGGAGCUUGAAAAAGAGGGUGUAGAAGAAGGCGACUCGCGGAUGCAGGAUCUACGUGUUACAAGCCUCGCAGUGAACUACGAUCUCAUUGCCUGGCGUGUUGGCCGCUACAGGGUGCUGAUGGGCACGGAUGAUGGCCUUACCUUCCCUCCAAACCCUCCACAGAGACCAAAGCGAGCGCGCAAAGAUGGCAAAGAGUGGGUGGACCGAGAGGAGCCAACUGGUCGGAAAUUGGCCCGGCUGCGAGAACGUGUUGCCUUGUACGACGCAAUCCUCCAGAGCAUCGAUUCUGUCAAGGACCUGAGAGGUGCUACGCGCGAUGCUGGCUUCGUGGCUGAGCUGGAGGGGCAGAGGGCGUAUUACCAAGCUUUAAAAUGUCUGAAUCUCUCACACUCGCACGCAUUUCUUUCCGCCCCGAGACAGGCGCUUGCACUCUGCAACCGCGCCUUGUCGCUUGCUUCACAAGCUGUCAGCUCUCCGAAACCUACCGCCACACCGUCAGACGCACCAAAGCUCACUGUCUCUGACAGUCAGGCGCAAACGCUCAAGCAGAAUCUCGAAAACCUCACUCUACAUUACCGUGGCCUAGUGGCUCUGGCGCAAUUAUCUUCCAAUUCGGACGUUGCUUCCAAAGCGAAUCUCACGAACGCUGCUCCGGUUGUAGAAAGGGUGAACGAAUACCCGACCUCGGGAAGCGUCGACCUCAAGAACCUGGUUACAUGGCCGCCCAAGCUCAAACCGGUGCCUGUGAAACCUCUAUUUCUGGAUGUGGCAUGGAACUAUGUUGAAUACCCUGGGCAGCAGAAGAAGGUCCAAGAAAAGCCUGCAGAAAAAUCACAGGCAGAAAUCAUAAAGGUGGAGGAGGCGAAACCAACGAAGAAGGGUUGGUUCUCGUUUGGAAGGUAG